AUGGACAUCCUCAAGAUUCUAUCCAGAGGCACGAAGCGCCCCGCAAAAAGGGCAGGCGGCGCAAGCAAUGCGCAGUCGAACCUCCUGCCCUCGGCCGGCAGCCUCCCCCACGCCCAGCUAUUCCACGACGACGUCGGCCUCUCCAGGGGCACCAAGAGGAGGCGGACCGGCAACGCUGAGACCAAGCCCGACGAAGCAGAAGAGGAGGAGCUCAGCGACAUCGACUUCUUCGCGCCCAAGGACCACGCAAAGGCGCAGGACUCGGCAAAGACCAGCAAGUCCUCGAAGACGGCAGACCAAAAGGCCAAGGCACGCAAGGCAGAGCUGCUGGACGAGGACGAAUGCCGGCAACUGCUGCGCUCCCACCGCCUCAAGCUCACGCUGAUGAAGUCGCCGUCGUCGCAGGAGGCCAAGGAGAAGGACAAGGUCAAGAAGAGCAAGAAAAAGAAGAAGGCCGCCAAGGUCGAUGCCAAGGACGACAAGAAGCAGCUGUAUCCCCAGCCCCUGACGUCGUUCUCGGCGCUGCGCGACACAUACGCCAUAUCCUCGCGGCUUGCCGAGAACCUCGAGAAGCUGUCAUACAAGGAGCCGACGGAAGUGCAGAUGGCCAGUCUGCCGCUGCUUCUGGACCACAACCUAGCUCUGGGAAAGGUCGAGGACCCAGAUAUCGUCUCGGGCUUCGAGGAUGGUGCAGACUUCAUGGCUGUCGCGCCGACGGGUAGCGGGAAGACGCUGAGCUUCUUGAUCCCCGCCAUCAACGGCAUCAUGAAGAAGCGGGCUGGCCGGGAGGACCGGAAGCAGCACGAGCUGAACGCCAUCGUCAUCGCGCCGACGAGGGAGCUGGCGAGCCAGAUUGCCAACGAGGGCAAGAAGCUCGCCAUGGGCACCGGCCUGCGGAUCGUGUACAUGAGGAAGGGCAUGCGUGUGGCCGCAGAGACCGCCAACAGCGAUAAGGACGGCGAGGCGGCAGACGACGACGAGAUCUCGGACGAAGGCUCGUCUUCCGAGGACGAAGACGACGAGGGCGAGGACAAGCCCAAACCUCCCAAGAAGACAGCGUCAGCCUCCACACCAAUCACCAAAGCAGACAUACUCGUCACGACACCCAUGCUCCUCCUAAACUAUCUCACCGAAGGCGGCUCCUCCCCCAAAACCCUCCCCAACGUCCAGUCCCUCGUGCUCGACGAGGCAGACGUCCUCCUAGACCCGCUCUUCCGCGACCAGACCGUCGGCAUCUGGUCCGCCUGCACCGACCCGGACCUCCAAGUGUCCUUCUGGUCCGCCACCAUGCCCUCCAACAUCGAGACCCUCAUCAUGGCCCAGUCCGCCGCCCACGCCGCGGCGCGGGGGCUGCCCUCGGCCCGCCCCACGGUCCGCCUCGUGGUGGGGCUCAAGGACACGGCCGUCCCCAACGUGUCCCACCGGCUCGUGUACACGGCCUCGGAGCCGGGCAAGCUCCUCGCCCUCCGCCAGCUCCUGCGGCCCGCGUCGUCCUCCUCGGCCUCGGACGUGCCCCUGCGCCCGCCCUUCCUCGUCUUCACGCAGACCAUCGAGCGCGCCGCCGCCCUGCACGAGGAGCUCAAGUUCGACAUCCCCCUCGCCGCGGGCGGUCCCGCGCGCAUCGCCGUCCUGCACUCCGGCUUGCCCGACGCGCGGCGCUCGGCCGUCGUGCGCCGCUUCCGCGCCGGCGAGGUCUGGGUGCUCAUCACCACCGACGUGCUGGCGCGCGGCGUCGACUUUGCCGGCGUCAACGGCGUCGUGAGCUACGACGUCCCCGGCUCCGCGGCCGCGUACGUCCACCGCGCGGGCCGCACGGGCCGGGCCGGCCGCGAGGGCGGCGUCGCCGUCACGUUCUACACCAGGGACGACAUCCCCUUCGUCAAGAGCGUGGCCAACGUGAUCGCCCUGAGCGAGAGGCAGAGGUCCGCCGCCGGAGGAGGAGGAGGCGGAGGAGGAGGAGAGAGCAAGGAGAGUAGUAGCGGGGUGCAGCAGUGGCUGCUCGACGCCCUGCCGCAGGUGUCCAAGGAGGACCGCAAGAAGCUGCGGGAGCGGGGCGUCGAGUCCCGGCGGUCCGGGGCGGGAGGCAAAGCGCGCAUCACGUCCAAGAGCGCUUGGGAGCGCCGGAGGGAGAAUAACAGGAAAGGUGCUAUCGAGGGGAGCAAGCGGCGCAAGGGUGCCGAGGAGGGUGGAGAGCAAGGGGAUGGUGGUGAGAGUAGUGGUGCUGAGUGGGGAGGGCUGGAUGAUUGA